AUGAUUACUGAAAGUGAUUUAAAAGACUUAGGUUUAGAUUACUAUGAUUUCAGUCAAUUUAAAGAUGUUAAGAGAAUCGGCAGUGGAGCGUUUGCAGAUGUGUACCAAGCAGGAUUAAUGAACUCGAAUUUAGAGCAUGUUGUAUUGAAAAUAUUUAGGACAGUUGAAUCAUCCGAAAUUUCACGAAAAGCCUCUCGAAAGGCUAUAUUAAAAGAGAUUACAUCGCAUAAAAAAGUGGGUAUAUAUGAUAGUAUUAUACAAAUUUACGGAUUCACUAAAACGAAAGUUAAUGUGCUUGAUUCAGAAUUGAGCUACGCGUUAGUAUUAGAAUUUGCAGAUGGUGGUACACUAAGGAAUUAUAUAAGGGAAAGUCCGGAUCUUAGUUGGUCCGAUAAGUUCCGCCUCGCUCUGCAGCUUGCUGAAGCUAUUAUGCAUAUGCACUCAAAAGACAUUGUCCACAGAGAUCUUCACUCAAAUAAUAUACUAGUUCACAAAAAUAAUAUUAAGAUUGCUGACUUUGGGCUGUCUAGAUGUUUAUCUGAUGCAUCAAAGACCAGCACAUGGCUUGCUGGCUAUCUAGCAUAUAUUGAUCCUCAUCUCCUUAUGACUUCUGAGAAUAAAUUACAGGAAAUAAAUAAGGAGUCUGAUAUAUACAGCUUAGGUAUGCUUUUAUGGGAAGUAUCCAGUUUACGUCCCCCAUUUGAGGAAGAAGAUAAGAACGCUCUGUAUUUUAAGAUAUUAAAUGGUUACAAGGAAGCUCCUAUUAUAGGAACUCCACAACAAUAUUCUGAUUUAUACACUGAAUGCUGGCAAGAUGAUCCGAAAAAACGUCCUACUAUUGAUAAAGUCGUAGAUGAACUUAGUAGCAGAAAUGAACCUCAACGUUUUACCGGCGACGAUAAAGAUUAUGUCGUUAACAAAACAAUUAAUUCAUUGAAUGAGGAAGCAUUAUCUUUCGAGUCAAUGAAAUGUGAGGAGUCAAUGGAAGCUGUUGAUAAUAUGGAAGCUGUUAAUAAAUAUGAAAUAUCGUAUUUGUUGAAUGAAAUAGAAGCAGGGGCGCUCACUGAGCCAAUGGAAUACGAGGUUACGAAGUGCGAAGGAAAUCAAUUCAAUGUUAACUCAGUAAAAGUAGCUGUCAGAAAUCUGUAUACUGUUGCAGAAGUAUCAGCAAAUUAUGCACAUUUCGCACCAUUAAUAGAAAUAAUUUCAAAAUUAGGGGAAGAUAUUGUAACUUUAUAUCAAAAAGCUGAACAUAAUAAACAUUUUAGCUAUUUAACUCAGCGAGUAAAUUUUGCUGUGGCAGUUAUAAGAAAUUUAGAAAUUCGAAAACAAGAUAAUGUAGAAUUUUUUAGGGAGGCAUCUAAUCUUCAACUUGUAAAAGAUUUUGUAAAAUGUAUGCUUGAUAUUAGAAAAUUUGUUGCUGAUAUUUCUCAACUUAGUACCUCCUUUAAUUCCACUAAUGUUGUACAAAAGUAUAAGGAUUUGUCGAGUAGAUUUGGUGGGUACAUGUCUUCUUUAAAAGUCGCGUUAACGAUUCAGUGUCUUCAGGGCAUAAAUAAUAAUGCGGAAAAAUUAAAGGAGCAUGGUUUGGAUUCUAAAAAUGAUUUGGAGCUACAGUAUCAAAUCAAAGUUAAUUUAGCAGAAAUAAAAAAGUUCAUGCAUGACAUUUCUGGCACUGAAAUCUCAAUUGAUCCUCAAUCCUUUCUAAAUCUAGACGAUUACGAACUUAAAUUAAAUUGCUCACCGCGUGGUAAAACCAUACAUUGUAGAUGGAACCGUGGGACCCUUUUAGAAUAUGCAUUUAAAGAAAUUCCUCAUAUCACUGAUGAUCAAAAAGAAGACCUUAGUCAACAAGUUGCUAUUCUGAAAGAAUUAAAAGAAUCAGAACACAUUGUAAGGUUUUAUGGAAUAGCUGUAUAUUCUUAUGAAUUAAAAUAUUAUCUGGUGACAGAGUGGAUGGAAAAUGGUAAUUUGCGAGAAUAUUACAAAAAUCAUAAACUGGAUUGGAAUAAGAAGUCUGAAUUUGCAAUUGAUAUUUGUAAAGGAAUUGCUUUCUUGAAUUCUCAAGAGAUUCUGCACCAUGAUAUCAGAGGUGCAAACAUAUUAAUUAACCGUAAUAAUAAGGCUAAAAUUGCCAACUUUGGUCUAAGUCAGCAUGGCAAACGACGUUAUAAUGUUAAAUGUGAAAUUUAUAGUUUAGGAGCUCUUUUAUGGGAAAUUGCUGAAGAAGAGAUACCUUAUACCAGACUAGGAAUAGAUUUACAGACUAUUUAUUACCGUGUUGUUAAAGAGAAAUAUCGUGAACCAUUUUCUUCAAACUCCGACGGAAAUAAACAAAAAGCAUGGGAGAGCUUUAAACACCACGCUGAACAGGGUGACAUAAUUGCGAAAUACUGGGUUGGUUACUAUCUAUAUCAUUCCAUCCUUCCUGAACAUAAAGAAAAUCGUCAAGAAAAUCUUCAAUAUGCGGCAAUAUUGUUUAAAGAAGCUGCAGAUCAUGGUAAAGUUGAAGCUCAACUCCGAUACGGAUUCUGUUUGUGGCAAGGUGACGGUGUUCAG